UAGGAUCCCUGCAGUCCUGCUCCUUGAGUCGGGCCUGUGACAGUAAAGGAGGCCGGUGGGGACAUGUCUGGGUUCAGCCCCGAGUUGAUCGAUUAUCUGGAAGGGAAGAUCUCCUUUGAGGAGUUCGAGAGGCGAAGGGAAGAGAGGAAAACCCGCGAGAAGAAAACUAGUCAAGAAAAAGGAAAAGUUUCAGCUGAGGAAAAUCCAAAUGACUCAGAAGUUCCAUCUUCUUCUGGAAUUGACUCUAUCAAGUCCCAGAGCCAAGAUAUUAAUGAAGGAGAAACAUCAGAUGGAGUCAGCAAAUCAGUCCACAGAGUCUUUGCUUCUAUGCUUGGAGAGAAUGAAGAUGAGGAAGAAGAAGAAGAGGAGGAAGAGGAAGAUGAAGAAACACCUGAACAACCCACAGCAGGAGAUGUAUUUGUCUUGGAGAUGGUCCUUAAUCGAGAGACCAAGAAAAUGAUGAAAGAGAAAAGGCCUCGUAGUAAACUUCCUAGAGCUCUGAGAGGGCUCAUGGGGGAAGCGAACAUCCGAUUUGCUCGAGGUGAACGUGAAGAGGCCAUAUUGAUGUGCAUGGAAAUUAUCAGACAAGCUCCUCUUGCUUAUGAACCAUUUUCUACACUUGCCAUGAUAUACGAGGACCAAGGUGAUAUGGAGAAAUCACUGCAGUUUGAGUUAAUUUCUGCACAUUUAAACCCUAGUGACACAGAAGAAUGGGUUAGACUGGCAGAAAUGUCUCUAGAACAAGACAACAUUAAGCAGGCUAUUUUUUGCUAUACAAAAGCUCUCAAGUAUGAUCCUACAAAUGUUCGUUAUCUUUGGGAAAGAUCAAGCCUUUAUGAACAGAUGGGAGAACAUAAAAUGGCAAUGGAUGGUUAUAGACGUAUUUUAAACCUCUUAUCCCCAUUUGAUGGAGAGCGCUUCAUGCAGUUGGCCAGAGACAUGGCAAAGAGUUAUUAUGAAGCCAGUGAUGUCACAUCAGCCAUUAAUAUAAUUGAGGAAGCUUUUUCAAAACACCAAAGUCUUGUCUCCAUGGAAGAUGUUAAUAUAGCAGCAGAACUGUACAUUUCCAACAAGCAACAUGACAAAGCCUUAGAGGUUAUUACUGAUUUUUCUGGAAUUGUACUAUGGAAAAAAGUUAUUGACAAAAGUAUGCCAGAAGAGAAUAAAGCUGAAGAAAAGGUUACUUGCACCAUACCUGAGGGAGUGCCAAUUGAUAUUACUGUUAAAUUAAUGGUGUGUUUAGUUCACCUUAAUAUCCUUGAUCCUCUUGAUUCUCUCCUGACUACACUAGUGGAACAGAAUCCAGAAGAUAUGGGAGAUUUGUACCUUGAUGUCGCUGAAGCUUUUCUUGAUGUUGGAGAAUAUAAUUCUGCACUCCCUCUUCUCACUGCAUUAGUCUGCUCAGAAAGAUAUAACCUAGCAGUAGUCUGGCUUCGGCAUGCAGAAUGUUUAAAGGCCUUAGGUUACAUGGAACGUGCUGCAGAAAGCUAUGGCAAAGUGGUUGACCUGGCUCCACUACAUUUGGAUGCAAGAAUUUCCCUCUCUACUCUUCAACAGCAGCUGGGUCGUCCUGAAAAAGCUCUGGAGGCCCUGGAACCAAUGUAUGAUCCAGAUACUCUGGCACAAGAUGCAAAUGCAGCACAGCAGGAACUGAAGUUACUACUGCAUCGUUCUACACUGCUGUACUCACAAGGCAAAAUGUAUGGAUAUGUGGAUACCUUGCUUACCAUGUUAGCAAUGCUUUUAAAAGUAGCAAUGAAUAGAGCCCAGGUGUGUUUGAUAUCCAGUUCCAAGUCUGGAGAAAGACAUCUGUACCUUAUUAAAGUAUCAAGGGACAAGAUAUCAGACAACAAUGACCAAGAGACAGCAAACUGUGAUGCAAAAGCCAUAUUUGCUGUACUCACAAGUGUCCUGACAAAAGAUGACUGGUGGAACCUGCUAUUGAAGGCUAUCUAUUCCUUGUGUGACCUCUCCCGAUUUCAAGAGGCUGAGCUCUUGGUGGAUUCUUCACUGGAGUAUUACUCAUUUUAUGAUGAUAGGCAGAAACGCAAAGAGCUUGAAUACUUUGGUCUUUCAGCUGCGAUUCUUGACAAAAACUUCAGAAAAGCAUACAACUACAUCAGGAUUAUGCUCAUGGAAAAUGUGAAUAAACCUCAGCUGUGGAACAUCUUUAAUCAAGUUACUAUGCAUUCCCAAGAUGUACGACACCAUCGUUUUUGUCUUAGAUUAAUGCUCAAAAACCCAGAUAAUCAUGCUCUGUGUGUCUUAAAUGGACACAAUGCAUUUGUAUCUGGUAGUUUCAAGCAUGCUCUUGGUCAAUAUGUACAGGCUUUUCGCACCCAUCCAGAUGAACCUCUCUAUAGCCUCUGUAUAGGAUUAACAUUUAUUCACAUGGCUUCUCAGAAGUAUGUGUUAAGAAGACAUGCCCUGAUUGUACAGGGAUUUUCCUUUCUCAAUCGGUACCUAAGUCUCCGUGGACCUUGCCAAGAAUCAUUUUAUAACCUAGGACGUGGCCUUCACCAACUGGGACUGAUGCAUAUUGCUAUUCAUUAUUACCAAAAGGCCCUUGAGCUCCCUCCACUUGCAUUAGAGGGUAUUGAAAGUGACCAGUUAGAUUUACGAAGAGAUAUUGCAUAUAACUUGUCGCUCAUUUACCAAAGCAGUGGAAAUAUGGGAAUGGCUCGAAAACUAUUAUAUACCUAUGGCACUAUAUAAGUUAUCUUGGCAAGAAAUUGAAAUUUUUGUGCAACUGCUGUGAACCAUCAUUUUACUUUAUGAUUCAGUGUGGAUGACUUGGUCACCCGUAAGGAAAUUAUUAUUUUGGCAUUAUUUAACAUUAGGAAGUUCUUUUUAUUAUAAAUAAGUGCAAAUGUAUGUAUGUUUAAAAAUGUCUGAUAUUGCUAUUUGGAGUGUAACUGUUCUCAUGUGGGUUCCUGUACACAUCCUGGAUUUUUAAACUUUUUUUCAGGCCCAAUUUUAACCAUCCUAUAGUAAACCAUGAUAAAGUACUUCUCAACUGAUUUUGAACCUGUACUGGGCAGUAUUAAAUAUUGAGCCAGGACCAUGUAUUCGUCUGCUGUUUUUCCUGACUCCUCUUUAACGUCUGAGGUGCUAUUCAAACACUUACUGUUUCUAAACAUAUUUUCUGAAUGAAGGACUUGAGAAACCACAAGUGUAUUUUUAAACAUGUCUGUAUCACACUGCAGUGUAUAUUGUGAUUGUUGUCCAGGCAAUUUGGUACUUUCUCUUUCACCUUUUUUGUUUUGACUCGUGGAGAAGCCAGAUUUUCACAUGUUCAGUAAAUCAGUAUUCUCUGGCUAAGGAAAGACUGUCCAUAAGACAAAAAUAACCAGCCGCUUUAGUCCCUUAGUGCAAAAUUAAUCAACAGGUUGUUUUGUUUUCUCAGUUCGAUUGAAUUUUUCACAUUUCUGCUGCCCUUUAUUGUCUUGUUAACUCUCUGUUAUCAGGGUUAUGGCUAUUUUUUGAGGACAAAUGGCACUCUGGCAAAGACUGGACCAAUCCACCAAGUCUUAUACUGGGGAAAGAGUAAAUCAUACCUGCUUUUCUUUUUGUGGCUUUGAGGAAGAACAACAAGGUGCUAUUUCAAAGUCACUAUAAUGACCAGGGAAGCUGGGAAACUGGUUAAGGUUGAAGGCAUUGGAAUGUUUCAUAGCUAGUACAAAAGAUGAAAUAAAAGGCCCAAAACCCUGACAUAACUUGUGAUCUUAAAUAUUACUUCUUGGGAAAUCUUACCAAUGCUUUACUGAUAUGUACUUAACUUUUCUAGUUUAGAAGCAGGACUUUUGUUUACUGAGUAAAUGUGUCAUACUUUGUAAAA